GCCCGCAAGAGGACAAAGACUGGAUGUCUCACCUGUCGGAAACGCAGAAUCAAGUGUGAUGAAGGCAAGCCAGUAUGCAAGAAUUGCAUGAAAUCAAAGCGGCAAUGUGAAGGCUACAACCAGCGAGUUGUCUUCAAGCCCGCCGAUUUCCAAUAUCUACCACAUGGUGGUGCAACCAUAACCUUCGAUGCUGGACUUACUGGUAUUCCUAACGAGCACAGCCAUCACGGAGUGUAUCCUCCUCAACAUCCUGGCUUCGACCCGAUUCUACAUGGCAUGCCGCAACAACAAACACGAUUCGAACAAUCUCCUGAUAUGCAACCAUUCAUGGAUGGAAGUUCGUCAUUCCCUCACGGUGUGCCAGUUGACAACAGUCCACCAAAUCCAGCUCUGUACCAAUCUAUCCCGGAGAAUUCACCCUAUAUUGAACAAUAUCCUAUUACUGGUUGGCAGCAGGAUGUUCAAGGCCAUUUCACGCCAGUGCUCUGGUCCAAUGCAUAUGUCACAGAUGAUCAACAGCCGAUAGGUGUUCCACAACAGUGGCACGGAGAAGGCUUGACCAGUCCAAAUAUCUCGGAACUAGCCCCAACACCACCAGGUGGGGUACCGUAUGGUUACGAGGCGACAACAGAGCGAGCACAUCCAACCCAGCAUUCAGUACCUCUACAAAGCAUCCCGGUCGUGGCUAACAAUGCUCCACUACAAACACAGCUUGGUCGCGAUGGAAUUCUGAAUGAAGCAGCCAUUGAAGUUCAUGACGAGGACUACUAUGAUGUUGACACCGAGGACGAAAUGUUGGAUAUGGAUACCGAGUUUGAGGCACAAAACAUCAACGGAGGAAAGGCACGCCUUCACCGCUAUUCCAAGUAUGGACUCGAUGCAGCAAAACUGGAUGCCCGACAAUUCGAUACAUUCGUGUUCAGUGGCGCCAUGGACAGCUACCGACCCGAACAUGUUGCAAAUCCAUUAAAGAAUCCAGCCACGGCUAGGGUGUUUGCUCACUUCAUAUCCGAAACUUCGGCAAUAUUGACCACAUCGGCAAGACAGAUCUGGCGGCUCAAUCCCUCUUCUUCUGACAGUAAGGCCAAGCCAAUGGUAAGGAAGUGUAUUUGGACACACACUUUGCCUAUGGCAGCAUUGCAUCACCAAGGCCUUUUGCAGUCGAUGCUUGCGAUAUCGAGUUUGCAAAUAGCAAAGAUACAAGGUGCCUCCGAGACGCCCUCACUCAAGCACUAUGCAUACGCCCUCAAGAGGAUUCACAAUUGCGUUGGUAACCCGAAGAAAAGACUUUCGGUACCCGUCCUUGCGGCAUCGUUGUUGCUUGGUUACUACGAAUGUAUGGCUGCCAACCACGCAAACUGGCAAAGCCAUAUCAAUGGCGCUCGACAACUAGUGGUGGAAAUAGAUUUUGCCGGAAUGACCAAAACUUUCAAGCAAUUGAAGACUGUCAAUAGGGCGCGGCAAGACCAACAAAUGCCGCGGUUUUCGGCUACUGGCAUCCCCCAGAUGUCUCCAGACAAAUCGCCGCAGGACAUUCUGCUGGAUCAGAUGGACGAAGUCGACGAGAACAUUGUUGGAGCAAUCUGUGGCACUGGAGUCAGUUACGACAGAUACGGUCAUAUUGGCGAGGCGAUGCCGUCUCCACAACCGUUCAAUCUGGAGACUUACGACACUCUGAGAGACUUGUACUGGUGGUAUUGCAAGAAUGAUGCUUUUCACAGUUUGAUCAGCACCGACCCGUUAAUGAUGGACUAUAGCCGAUGGACUGAUUGUCCACCCCGUGCACCACUGGGUAAACCUGAAGCUCCUUAUGGUUCACUCGAUCACGUUAUGCUUCUUCUCGCUCGAGUCGCAGAUUUUGCUUCUCGAGAUAGGAAGAGAAAGCUCAAAGUCGAGAAAUCAAGCAUGGGGUCGCCGCUUGAUAAUUCGAGACGUGCAUCAAGCGCAUCUAACAAUGCAUCAGCCACACCACCGAACAUGUUCUCCUCACGAGGAGUUUCGAAUUCACCAUCAAGCACAACCUCCCACACAUAUGACAGCAUAGAUCUGAACCUUGCAACGGCGACCGCUCUUCAAGAAUGGAACAACAUCAAAGCGGCUUUGGAUUUUGUGGCAUCCAGUUUGGGUCCUUAUUUCCAACCCUUGGAUGGUGAAUACGGGCCUCCACUCAAUACGCCAUUUGGUCCAGCUCUUGUCUACCGCUCAUACGACAUCAGCGCUUUCUGGGCAACCUACAAUAUGGCCAUGAUAGCAGCUCUCCGCAAUCACCCUAACAUGCCUCCAGCCGCCCAUGUCGCUGCUGCCGCAGCGGCGGAGCAAACGAAACCCUACGCCUAUGCUAUUGGCCGGAUCUCAGCGGGUAUGCAAACUCCACCCGAAGACCAUCCGCUUGAUCCCAGGAUGGCCGCUGCCAUGAUCGACAUGGUCAUUCCUCAAUUCUUUGCUGGUAUUCAAUACACCGAUGCCUCUCACCGUGCCUUCCUCGUCGAACGCUAUUUCGAAACCGAUCGACGUAUCGGCUGGGCUACUGCCAGUAUCAUCGCCGAAGGAUGUCAGAGUGGCUGGAUUCGCGCGGCGGACGCAGGUCGAGGACCACCUCACGUACGCGUGAGCAAAGCCACAUUCUCCGACUUCAGAAUCGGACGAUACGGCAACUACGCACAAGCCCAAGCCAGUAAACCACGACUUUCUGAAUGGGACGCCGAAAACGACAGAAAGUUUGUCAAGACAAAGACUAGCGCGCGCGUGCAUUGGGCUAUCGGAUUGAUGGGCACUGAAGAAGAUGUC